GGUGUGCAACACGGACCGUGUAUAAAACGGUGUGUAAACACCUACACCUACUGCGGGCGGCAGGACCGCGCACGUUUCCCCCCCCGUGGUCGUCUAAUAAGUCUGAAUGGGAGAGCGUGCAUGACAUUCCCGCUGCCGACUCUGUAGCCUAGCGGGGUGAAAAUCCGGAAGAAAAAGCCAGUCUGCUCGUUUCAUUGUAAGGAGGACGGAGGCAGCCCAUCGGCGUUUAGUCGACGACCAUGGCAGCAGCGACCGUCGUGGAGGCUGAUCCGGCGGCGAGCGAAGGCGGCGCCGCCUGCUCCGGCGUCCAGAGCAGGGGCUGGGAUGAAUCUCAGCUCCGAAGGUAUCCUUUCCCCACCAAACCCAUUCCCAGACUGUCUCAUGCGGACCCCAGAGCAGAGAUGCUGAUUAAUAACGAGGAACCGGUGGUUUUAACAGAUACAAACCUUGUGUAUCCAGCUCUCAAAUGGGACGUUGCAUACCUCCAGGAGAACAUUGGAAAUGGAGACUUCUCUGUUUACAUCGCAGAAAACCACAAAUUCCUCUACUAUGAUGAGAAAAAAAUGUCCAACUUUGAGAACUUUGUCCCCAAGUCGCAAAGAAUGGAAAUGAAAUUCUCCGAAUUUGUGGAUAAAAUGCAUGAAACGGAGGAAAUGGGAGGCGAGGAGAGAGUAUAUCUGCAGCAGACCCUGAAUGACACAGUAGGGAAGAAGAUUGUUGUUGACUUCCUCGGUUUCAACUGGAACUGGAUCAACAACCAGCAAGCCAAGAGAAACUGGGGACAGCUGACAUCUAACCUGCUGCUCAUAGGCAUGGAGGGCAAUGUGACACCAGCACAUUACGACGAGCAGCAGAACUUCUUUGCGCAGAUCAAAGGACAUAAGAGAUGCAUCCUCUUCCCUCCAGACCAGUUUGAGUGCCUCUAUCCAUACCCUGUGCAUCACCCCUGUGACAGACAGAGCCAAGUCGAUUUUGAUAAGCCUGACUAUGAGAGGUUUCCCAAUUUUAAAAAUGUUGUUGGCUAUGAGGCUGUUGUGGGCCCAGGAGAUGUGCUCUACAUCCCUAUGUAUUGGUGGCAUCACAUUGAAUCACUGCUGAGUGGCGGAGUGACGAUCACUGUAAACUUCUGGUACAAAGGCGCCCCCACACCCAAGAGGAUAGAAUACCCCCUGCGAGCUCAUCAGAAGGUGGCCAUCAUGAGAAAUAUUGAGAAGAUGCUGGGAGAAGCACUUGGGGACCCACAUGAGGUUGGACCUUUACUGAAAACGAUGAUCAAGGGGCGAUACGACCAGGAUCUCAGUUAGAGCCCUUAAAACUGUUAACUAGACUGCUUUCGGUAACUGCGUGUGAGAGUGAGACUGCCUGGUGUGAAAUGCGCAUUCUGACUUUGGAGCUGUGUAUCAGUGCAUGGCAAUAAUCGGCCAUCUUGAAACCGUUCUGCUUCAGUCAUCACCGAGUGCCAUUGUUAUUGCAAAUACGACAAUUGCAGAAGAAACAUCCGACUAACUCAUGGGAAUUCGCCCUACUUGAAGAGGUCUUUUAUCUUUUGGUUCAAGUCUAGAUAUAUGUAUAUGAUUCUGUGUUCUGUCAACAGUCUCACAAUCCAAGCCAGUGGGUAUUUGGGUGUGUUCGCUCACUCAGUCAGUAAAUGUGUGAGAUCGGUACCUUUUGGAGCAACCUCAAAAAACGUUGACCACUAAUGGAUGUGUCAAAGGGUAUUAGAUAAAAAGUAGACAUCAGUUAAAUACAGGACAUUUCUCAUAUACAUGUAAAAACACAGUUGUGGCUUGAUUAGGAAAUGUGGAAUGACCAUAUUGAUCUCUGUCUUUAUCACAAAGACAGCUUUACAGCUGAUUUGGUUUAUAUCUCUAAAGAUGGCAGGUCUUUUAAGUGUCUUUGGAAUAUUUAUCUGUGUAAUCUACAUUAUCUCUACGCCUGCUAAUGACAUGGUUUCAGGGAGUAAUCGGCAAAAUUUUUCUGUUGAAAAGAAGACAGCACAGGCACAGAAAUAAAGGACAGAGGAUACAAUGAUUUAAAAACAGUGAUGACAUAUGAUCAAAAAUAUGAAUGGAUGUGCAAAAAGGGGGCUCAUAUAUUCAGCUGAAGGAAUAUGUGACAGCUUGCAGCUAAAUUAUUUUUUGCAGAGUGAUUGCUUUUUGUUUUAUUUAUGCUCUCGCUUGUUUGAUUUAUAUUUCAAGGACUUUAUUGGAUUUGUUAUCCUGUGCACCAGUAAUAGGUCAGGGAGCUCUGUAAAUGAAUUACAUACUGCAAUUUUAGUUUCAAAUACAGUCAACUUUAAGAAUCAAAAGAUAAUACAAGUAACUGUUUUUUGGGAAACUUUUCAGAGUAACCACAGGUGAUGUUUUCUUGGGAAUAUGAUAGUUAAAACUCUUAUGAGUGUGAAAAUGGUUUUAAGUGGACAGCUUAAAUGAUAUUGUUAAAAUGUUAUUAACUGACUGAACUAGCAGGGCCAUUUACUGGAAUGUAGCUUAUGUAUCAGCCAUUGCAGUGCAACAUAAUGCACGAUCUAGUGUUCAAGUUGCAGUCGUGUGUUUAGCUUGAUGUAUCUGGUCCAUGCACUAUACGUCUGCGUUACAAAUAUUCAAUAUGUUGUAUUAAAUGCAGCAGAUCUGAGAUUAAAUUACACCGCAGUGUGUACAAAAGUCUAAUUCCAGUUGGAAACCUCAGCUUGCUCUAAUGAUUACUAUUGGUUAACAAUCCUCAGAAAUGCACUCAUUUUUACUUUCAUGCAGCCAUAUUUCGAAGACCUUAACGGGAGGGCAACUUGAAACAUGGCUGCCGCCGUGCAAGUUGAAAGUGCUCUCUGUUGUCAAAAUGUACAUUAAACAAAAGGGGGGGGGUCAUUUCAUAUCUUGUGCUGCACGUGGCAAAACCCACAUACAAACCAGUAGAUGGGUAUCUUCAUAUUCAGAGAGCUCUGUUUGCCUGUGACAUUGGAUGAAUCAGUCAGUGGUGUACUAUAAAAUAGGAACAUCCAAGCACUGAAUUCACCAGGUAACCAGGUUUUCAAAGGGUUUGUUCUGUCUCAUUAAGGUUUUAAAAUCGCCGAUAAUAUGCAUAUGUAUUUCUGUACAAUGAUCGAACAGUGCUACUUGCUCUGUAAAGGAAAUUUACUUUAUGUAAAACUGUUGUCUCAUCUCUCUUCUAUUGCUAGAUUAACCCUGUUUACUCUAUGUGCCUUGCUUAACUUGGGUAUGGCACUAAACGUUGCAAAAACUCGAUUUAAAAAAAAAACAAACUUUUAUUUUAUGGUCAAAUGUUUGUUUUCACUCUGGCAUUAAACAGCUUUAAAGGUGUGAAUGACGAGGGUUCAUAGAGCUUGAAGCAUGUUUUAAUUGAUGGAUGCCGGUUUUCUGUUUUGAACAUACAGUAUGUGCUCACAUUGUUCCUUUGAUUAAAGUUUGUUUGU